UGACCUCGCCACCCUCCGGUGCCCUACCGGGCACCCCCAAACCCGGCCGAACAGGCGCCGCGCCCUGCCCGUCCCCCCACCGACUGCGCAGCCCCGCACCUGAGGAUGUUGUCCGCGUAGGAUUCCAGCAGAAUAUGAUGGUAUUCCUUCCUCCACAGCAGAGGUAUAUAUGUGAGCGUUAUCAUCAUACAAAUCAAUUCCCAUUUGGAUUGCUAUCUCAUCGCGUUCUUUAUUCCUGAUUAUCUGAGACUCACUGAGGUUACGAGAGACAUUCUGGAAGCACACCCCGGAUCCCGGCCGCCUCCCACUGUCUGACCUCCGCCAAGGUGACGCGAAAGAAAGACAACCGGUUGAAGCCGGCUCCGACGUAAUGCGUGUAUCUGCGUGCGCGUGUACGGACGUGCGUGCUCGCGUGCGCGUGCGCAAGCUAGCGUCGUCGCUGAGGACGACCGCUGCUGUGUGAGUGGCCGGCCAGAGGUCUGCUGAAGGUAUCGGCUGCUAGCUGCUCGUGUUCCUCCAACCCUCCACCGCCAAUUCGGGUCGGGAUUAGCCAGGGAGAGGGAAGUCCGAUGACCAGGGCCUGGUUUCUUUUCCUCUCGCCAUACUGUCUUCCUGUGUGUGUGGUGGUGAUUGAGCGGCGGGGCGGGGAUUGGCCACACCCCUUACUCCCCGCCCCUGGCCUUCGCGAUCCCUGAAACCCCGAUUAUCUCCAGGUUUUGAGUAUCAAUAAAGUCCAGUUUUUCGUCCUUCAAAGAAUGGGCCCGGAAAUGUAUUUUGUGCCAUGGCCACCAGAAAUACCAUUUAGAGUAAAGCCUUGGUAAUUCUGAAAAAGGAUGCUUCCUGCAGCCCAUAUAAGGCUCAGAGUGCCUUUAUUUUCUUCGUUGUAUUGUGUUCUGGUGAAUUGAAUUGAAUCAUCAUUUCACCUCUUUGUCUUGGAAUGUCCGAGGGUACGUACAAAAGGGAGUUAAGUCCAAACAGGUGGUCUGAUAAGUAUAACUUAAAAUGAUGUAACAUUAUUUUCCCUGUGCUCAUUACCAGCUUACACCAAGCACUUGAAAGAACAUCUCGGGAUAUUGUUUCUUAGGCCUUUAAGCUGUGACAACAGUGAGUACCUCCAGGGCCUGUUGUGGUCCGUUACAGGAGUGUGUUUCUGAUCAUCAGAAUCUCAACCAUGUUUUCAAACUGCUUGCAAAAUAUCCUAAAAAUGACGAGCCCUCAUCUAUAUUCAAGAUUAUGCCAGCAAUUAAUAAGUAAAAGACUUUUUGGAACUGUGUCAUCAACAUCCAGGUGGCAUAGGCGGGUUGUCAUCACAGGCAUUGGCUUAGUGACUCCUCUUGGUGUUGGAACACAACUGGUAUGGGAUCGUCUGAUCCGAGGAGAGAGUGGGAUUGUUUCAGUGGUUGGUGACGAGUAUAAGAGUAUCCCUUGCAGUGUUGCUGCUUAUGUGCCAAGAGGCUGUGAAGAAGGUCAGUUCAAUGAACUAAACUUUGUGUCCAAAUCAGAUCUCAAGUCCAUGUCUUCUCCUACCAUUAUGGCUAUUGGGGCUGCAGAGUUAGCCAUGAAAGAUUCUGGCUGGUAUCCUCAGUCAAAAGCUGAUCAAGAGGCUACUGGUGUUGCAAUUGGCAUGGGAAUGACUCCUCUGGAAAUUGUUUCUGAAACUGCUCUGAUGUUUCAGACAAAAGGUUACAAUAAAGUCAGCCCUUUCUUUGUCCCUAAGAUUCUGAUCAAUAUGGCAGCAGGCCAGGUCAGCAUUCGCUAUAAACUCCGAGGCCCCAAUCAUGCCGUAUCUACAGCUUGUACCACAGGAGCGCAUGCUGUGGGAGACUCAUUUAGAUUUAUAGCCCAUGGUGAUGCUGAUGUAAUGGUGGCUGGAGGUACAGAUUCUUGUAUUAGCCCUUUAUCUCUUGCUGGAUUUUCCAGAGCCCGUGCUCUGAGCACAAACUCUGAUCCUAAGUUGGCAUGUCGACCAUUUCAUCCAAAAAGAGAUGGUUUUGUAAUGGGAGAAGGUGCAGCUGUGCUGGUGCUGGAAGAACACGAUCAUGCUGUUCAAAGAGGGGCCCGGAUCUAUGCAGAAGUUUUGGGCUAUGGACUCUCAGGUGAUGCUGGCCAUAUAACUGCCCCUGAUCCUGAAGGAGAAGGUGCCUUAAGAUCUAUGGCUGCUGCUGUAAAGGAUGCAAAUGUACAGCCCGAAGAGAUAUCCUAUGUCAAUGCACAUGCUACUUCCACACCGUUGGGAGAUGCUGCUGAAAACAAAGCCAUCAAAUACCUUUUCAAAGACCACGCACGUGCCCUUGCCAUUUCCUCAACUAAGGGAGCCACGGGACAUCUGCUGGGAGCUGCUGGGGCAGUUGAAGCAGCGUUUACUGCUCUGGCUUGUUAUGAUCGAAAACUACCACCUACUUUAAACCUGGAUUGUACAGAACCAGAGUUUGAUCUCAAUUAUGUUCCACUAAAGGCACAGGAAUGGAAAACUGAGAAAAGAUGUAUUGGACUCACCAAUUCCUUUGGUUUUGGUGGUACUAAUGCAACACUUUGUAUUGCUGGCAUGUAGGACAAAUAAUUUGUAAUUAAACAUUGAUUUUUUAAUGUUA